GCAGCCACUCUCAUUAACCGGAUCAAGGGAUUAGGCUAAUGUAUGUAGGACACAACCAUGCCAGUUCUAUUACUGUACACCUGCCUUGCAUACACAGACAGGAUCAUUCGAUGGAGAGACUGAGAGGGGCAUUCUCAACUCUGUCUCAGUUGGAAUUACGAAAGAGAAUGCUACCAUCUACCUGAGGGGUCCCUGGGACACCAUUCACUUCAGCUGUCCUGGAUCAGAACAGACCGGGGUCUUCAGACCAUGUGUGUUUGAAAUGAGACCGUCAUAAAAGCUUGGAUCUUGGCCGUGAGGUGCUCAGAAGACGAGGGUGCUGAUGGAGGACACCAACAUAUUUCCUCCUAAUGUAUCUGUCUACAGGUUGUCAGCCGAGGGGGAGACUGCCGUUGGUGUUUACUUGUUGAUAAUAGGGUGGCUCUCCUGUCUAGGUAAUGGAGUGGUGAUUCUACUGUUGGUCAAGCAGAGACACAGUCUUGAGCCACAGGACUUACUCACUCUCAAUCUGGCUGUGUCCGACGCUGGCGUCGCGAUCUUCGGCUACUCCAGAGGGAUACUGGAAAUCUUCAACUUGUUCAGGGACGACGGCCUGCUGAUCAAGACCAUCUGGACCUGCCAGGUGGACGGCUUCCUGAUCAUGCUCUUUGGGCUCAUCAGCAUCAACACACUGACAUCCAUCAGUGUCGUUCGCUACAUCAAAGGAUGCCAGCCCAGCUAUGCUCAUUAUAAUAACCACUGUAACGUUGCCGUGGUGAUUGUGGCAGUGUGGCUGUGUGCCCUCUUCUGGGCUGGAGCGCCCCUGGUGGGCUGGGGGAGUUACACAGCUCGUAAGUAUGGGACGUGUGAGAUAGACUGGGUCCAGGCCAGGUUCUCUGUGUCGUACAGACUCUAUGUCAUCCUCAUCUUCACCUUCAACUUUUUCAUCCCAUUCGUGGUCAUAUGGUUCUCCUACGUGUCCAUCAUCCGGACGGUCAACAACAGCCACAAGUCCAGCAGAGGGGGAGCGGUCAGCGAGAGGGAGAAUCAGAUGGAGCGCAGUAUAACAACAGUGUCUCUGAUCCUGUGCUCAGCCUUCCUGCUGGCCUGGUCUCCCUACGCAGUCAUCUCCAUGUGGUCUGCCUGUGGUCACCAGGUGCCUCCUCUCCACAGCAUCCUGGCCAGCCUGUUUGCUAAGUCAGCCAGCUCCUACAACCCCUUCAUCUACCUGGGCCUGAACUCCAAGUUCAGACAAGACUUCAGAGCCCAGUUCCACUGCCUGCACCACAAACCGGACCUCUCCCACAGGCCCGACGAGGUGCAGAUUGACCUGGACAUUAUGGAGGUGAAUGGAGGGGUGGAUGACCUGGACUCUGGGGUAGAGCUGGGUAGUGAAAGGGGUGUGGAGGAGAGGGGGGAGAACCAGAAGAGUCCUCUUAUGCCCCCGAUGAUAGCCCCGGCUCCCAGUCAUCGCCUGUUCCUGAGGAAACUCAGUGACUCUGGGCGCCUGUGAGCUCUGUCUCUUUGUUUCUGUCUCUCUGUCCCUCUGUUUUUCUCUUUCGGUCUCUCUCUAUUUGUCUCUCUGUUUCUCUGUCUCUCUGAUUCGGUCUCGUUGUCUCUCUCUCUCUCUCUCUCUCUCUCUCUCUCUUGUCCUACGUACUGAGCCACAGCGGAGCUCAGCUCUCACUGUUAACUGUUCACCUCCACAGCACUCUGAUCGCCUGUACACACGUAAAUUUUUCUCACAGCACUGCAACCGUCUGGACUUACUUUUUUUUUUUUUAAUCAAGAGAAGAUUUUUUUGGCCUCACCUGAAUUAUUUGGAAUCACUGAUGUUGAAGGAUUUACAGUAUGUGGCGGCACUAUCAAUUUAGGGUCCGAGUUAAAUCAUAUUUGUUUUACUGUUUUACAUGUUACUCUAAAGCUGUAAAUAAUUUAGUUAUUUAAAAAAAAAAAAAUUGGUUUUAGGUUUGUACACCGUCCAUAAAAUAACUUCCAAUAGCUCAUCAAUCAACGAUGACUUGACUCAAAGGGGGUUAUAUCAGGCGCUGAUGUUGUACAUUCAUUCUCAGUCACUCACAGAGGGCUUGUGUGCAGAAAUAAUGAGGUGGAGAAGUGAGAAAAGGCUCUGCCUUGACCUGAAGUCGCUAAUCUGGGUUUUGUCCCCCCUCUGCCCUGUUGGGAGCCCUGAGGGAGCUUGGGAAACUGGGAGAAUGUGAGCUAGCCCUCACAGGGAGACUGGCUGGUGCACAGCUGAAUCUGUUGGACCAAGAGGAGAAAGCGGAAAACAACACCACAACCACAGAAUGGAAAGAGGUUACUGUUCAAUUCAGUACAGCUUUAUUUGUCCUCUUAUUGCAGUGCAACAACACACUGAAACAAGAGCAACAAUCCAUAGACACAGGUAACAUAAAAACAAUGACUGUGAAAGAGGAACUGCAAUAAAUAUCAGUGUAAAGUCAUGUGCAAAUGACAAGUAGGAUUACUGUAGUACUGUGGAGUGUACUGUACUGUGGCCUGGAAUUAGGAAGGAUAUAGGAUAUACUGUAUGAGGGUAACUCCACUCCAGAGGCUGUGGUUUUAUUGGUCAGCUUGUGCGUCUGCUGAAUAAAUAUUACCAAGUCUCCCCUCAAUAAAACAAACACAAGCCACUGUAAUCCAGUUGGGUUCAACAAUGGAAUUAUAACUGAACAAGUUAACAAUAGUGUCCCUUUGUAAUAACAGCCUGUCUCAGAUAAUGACAAGGUAAUGGCUGCCGUAAGUCCCCUUUCUCUUCCAUGAGUAAUUAUAAACCACAACACAGUGGCUGCGUCCGAAAUGGCACCCUAUUCCCUAUUUAGUGCAUUAGAUUUGACGCGGGUCCUGGUCAAAAGUAGUGCACUUUAUAGGGAAUAGGGUGCCAUUAUGGACACACAGGUGACUUCAGAGUGAAAGUUACCUCAGGGCUCCACGGCAGCUGGAAUUUCAGCAGGACUAAUGACAUGGGACAGGCACACAAUAACCCAUCAGGGGUCCCCAUAACUGACCAAACACAGCUACCCCAGCCCUGCCAACACCACGAGCACGGUGACACAAAAUAAACCAAUCCACCCCUCCAAGAAAAUACCACAAAAACAUUAGCUUGUUAGUGAAAUCCCUCUCUGGAAGAAAGAGCAUCUCUAAUCUAUGUUCGUUUAAAUGUGAUAUUAAACUUUUUAGAUGAUA